CCUGAGCACCUUGAUGUCCGGGGCGGUGCACGCUCAAAAUCUGUCUUUCAAAGUUAUCGUAAUUGCACUGGAGGACGUACAUAAUGCCAGCUUAUCAGUCAAAGUCAAUUGUUUGAGAGAAGCAACGAUGGCGAAGAAGAUCGCGCUGCUUAUUUGUCUCGGGCUGUCCCUUUCAACUGCGUUCGCUGAAGAUGAUUUACCUCUGCAAUUGGGCGAUUCGUGCACAGAGCCAGGUGAUUGCACAAUUCCCAGUUCCACUUGCAGCGGAGAAGAAACGGAUUAUAGGUGCUUUUGUAACGAAGGGUUUUUCGCUAGUGCUGACAAAAAUCGGUGCCUUCGAAGAGCUGAAUUUUUGGAAGAUAAAUGCGAGCUGGACGCACAAUGUACGCAUUUCUUUGACGCAGAGUGCCACGACACAUUUUUAGAGUGCCGAUGCAAACCUAAUCACGUUCCCAACGACCUACUGAACCGCUGUUAUAUAAGAAGAUUUAACUUGGAUGAUCAAUGCACAAUUCCACGUCAGUGCUCCAUGGAAGGAGGCACUUGCAUAAAUAACGUGUGCGCCUGCAAAUCUGAUUAUAUUAUUCACGAAAAACAAUGCCUCCCACUACUUAACACAAUUCAAAUUGACGUGUGCAUAAUCAACGAGCAGUGUCCUGCUAAUUCAGAGUGCAAAUCAAACGGCCAAGCUAAAAACUGUAUUUGCAAAACUGGAUACGUCAGAAACAACGCGUGGAAAGAAUGCUUGAUCGUGAGAGAUUUAAUUGGAGGCGUUUGUACUGAAUCGCAGCAAUGCGCAGUAGCACAUUCGGAAUGCAAAGACGACGGUGGAAUAAAAAUUUGCGCUUGUUCUUUGGGCUACGUGUCAGAUCUUAGCAAUCGAGCCAUCUGUUACAAAGAGGCGAAUAAUCUUGGUGAUGAAUGUGCAAUCAACAAGCAGUGCCUUGUAGAUAAGGCUGUUUGUCAAGAUGGGAAAUGCGGCUGCAGGCCUGGUACAAUUGAAAGUGCAAAUUCUUGUUUGGACAAGCUGAAUACUAUUGAGAAUGAGAAAUGUUUCAUCAACGAACAGUGCCCUGCUAAUUCUUUCUGUCGGAGCUUCGGCAACGUCAAGCAGUGCAGCUGCAUCAGUGGAUUUGUUAAGAGUUCAGAUGGGACAGCUUGUCUCAAAGCUUUGAGCAGCGUUGGAGACAUCUGUGUAGAUUCAAAUCAGUGUGUAUUGGCAAAUUCAGUUUGCACAGCUAAUGACAGUGGUGCAAACAUUUGCAAGUGUGCUGACGGUUUUAUUGCAAACAGUGCGAAAAAUACCUGCGAACAAAUCGCAUCGUCAGUUGAUUCGCCGUGCAAAUUCCAAGAGCAAUGCGAUUCCAUCAACGGCUGGUGCCAAGGACCUUUUGGCAUGCAAAAGUGCGUUUGCAAGCCAAGCACGGAGCCCACCAUUGACAACCUCUACUGCGAACCAAAUUCUCUGGGAUCCCCUUGUACUGUGACUGGCGAUUGCUCAAAAUGGACAAACUCGGACUGCGCACCAUUUGGAAUAGCAAAAAUUUGCAAGUGCAAUUCAAACUUUGUUGAAAAUAAUGCCAAAGACGAGUGUCUUCCUGUUGUGACCAAUUUAAAUGAGGUUUGCACCGAUUCCGAACAGUGCCUAAUUGACGACAGCGCUUGCAUUGGUGAAACCGGUGCAAUGACUUGUCAAUGUGCUGAAGGCUUUGUCCCUGACAGCGGCAACACCAAAUGCUUGAAAAGGGCCGAUUUAAUAAACGAUUCAUGCGAGAUCUCAGCCCAGUGCAAUCACAUCAGUGGAGGAGCAAUUUGUAAUUCAGUGGCUGACCAGUGCCGCUGUCUUUCAACUCACGUUCCAAGCACAGAUUUGACAAGAUGUCUCAGGAAGGUCAGCGGUAUUGGUGUGGCUUGUGAGCAGUGGAAUCAGUGCUCAACAAUGAACGCGAUCUGCGAUGAAACUGACCUCGUCUGCGUUUGUAAUGAUAAUUUCAUCACUGCGGGCAACAACUGCUUGAGAGUGGCAGGAAAUCUCGGCGAAUCUUGCUUCAUUCCGCAGCAAUGUCCGUUUGGAAAUUCAACAUGCAAAGAUGGAGCUUGCUCUUGCACAAGUGAAUUCAUUUCCAGUUCCGACAACAAGAACUGUCUACCGCUUGCAUCAUUUUUGUGUGAUCCAUGCUCUGAAUCGGCUCAGUGUUCGACCAGAAUUCCCAGUUCACACUGUGAGGCGGGAGUUUGCACGUGCGACCCACUUAUGGAACCGACGCCAGAAAACAACGAAUGCGUCCCAAUUCCAUUGAAUAUCGGCGAGUCGUGUACCGAGGGAACAACAGAGUGUCCUGCAGAAUCGUCUUGUACAGGAACUACACCGAUUUGUACUUGCAACGCUGAUUUUGUUCCUAUGGAUGACGACUCAGGCUGCCUUCCAGUGGCGCCAGCACUUGACUCGGAUUGCAUUCAAAGCGAUCAGUGCAGCGUGCCAUUCCCAAAUUCAUUCUGCUCCCAAGAAGACAAGUGCAUCUGUAAGGAUCUAUAUGUUGCUAACAAUGCGAGGAACAAAUGUUUGCUCAAGCUGACCGAUUUUGAAACAACUUGUGAGGAAGCGCAGCAGUGUAGCGCCGAGGGAGCUCUUGGAAAUGCCAUUUGCGGUGAAACUACAAAAAAAUGCGAAUGCAUUACUGGCUACGUGAAAAAUACAGCUGGCGACAAGUGCAUCAAAGGUGCCAACUUUUUGGGCGAAAGUUGUGUUGACGAUGUCGUAAUUUGUGACACGAUUGACAACUCUGUAUGCCACGCGACGGAUAAAGUGUGCACGUGCAUUUCCGACUUUGUUGCAUCUCUGGACCUUUAUCGUUGCUUACCUGUCACUGGUGACACCCUCGGAGGUCCCUGCGUGGAGAACCAGCAGUGCGACCCCAAAAUCCCCAACUCCGCUUGCAGGGAGAGCGUUUGCUCGUGCCGAAACGAAUUUGUGGCAGCCCUCGACACCAAAUCGUGCCUCCCGUAUGCUGACCAUGGAGAGGCCUGCUUGGAAAAUUCACAGUGCGUUCUGACGCCAGGAGAGGUUAGCUGUGUCGAUUCAAAGUGCGCGUGCAAAGCGAGUAACCAUUUCUUGGAAGAAAUUUGCUGGGUUGAUCGCAAGCUUGGAGAAACGUGUGCUGAUAAACGAGAGUGUAUUUUGGCCGACGGAAAAGUGAACAAGGUGGAUUGCUUGCAAAGCAAAUGUGCCUGCGUUGAGGGCUUCGUAGCAGAUGUCAAUGCCAAUCUUUGCAACUCUGGUGUUCAAAUUGCAGUGACCGGUAUUUUGCUUGUAUUGGCAGCAUUCUCAGCCAAAUUUUUCUGAAUUAAUAUCUAAAUAAACUAAUUAUUUAUA